AUGGACACCAGCUUUCUGGUGCUGUGCAUGAUGCUGGCAGCAGAUGUGACAACAGCUUCUGCUACAGCAAACCCGAGCAUCAUAGAGACCCUCAUUCUGGCCACUUUCCAGCGUCCCUGGCUCUGGGGUCUCUAUGUCUUUGUUGUUGGACUCCCCAUCAUUCUCUUCAUAAGCUUCAUGUGGCCAGACAAGAGGUUUGGUCCCCCUGAUCAACCAUAUUACUAUAAGAAGAGUGAUGAGGAUCAAUCAGAUGACCUUGAUCUCUUACCACCAAGGAAAUCGAUAGAAAAAGCUGUACAGGUUCUCAGUUGA